AUGGACGAAGACUUGGACAAGUUCGUGGAACAAUAUGCUGCCAUGCUUAAAUCAGGUCAAGAUGAAACGAUUGUAGAAGUGCACCAAGCGCUGGGGGAAGUGUACUUCUCAGGGGAGAAAGGGAGAGAGACAUUCUCCAAGAUUGCUCAAGGGCUUGCAGCGUAUCAGAAUGGCGCUUUUCUGAAGCCCCUCCUGUCUGGAGCUCUCUUUAUGUCUGAAAGCGACGACCUGGACGCAAAGGUCUCUCACUACAGGGCCUGCUGCUUGGCGGUCACCAUUUUGACAUCAAGCGAAGUUGUAGUCAAGAAGUUUCUGAUGGGAACAGGCCGGAUCGAAGAUAAGCAAACUGCGUGCCUUAUUUACCGGAAUCUAACCACCAACGCGUUGAUCAGGGCACAAGCUCUGGAAAAAGGACAAGAUAGUGCUGCAGUCCUCUGGGUUGUCUUGCCUCUAGAGUGCUUGGCCAAGUUUAUCCGAGGUUCUAGAGUUUUCCGGGACGCCAUGAAGGACAUCUCAGAGGAGCGGAACAUCUUUGAGACACUUGGAUAUUUCCUGUCCGCAGAGUUCCUCACCAAGGCUGGUCAGGAGAAUGCCGCUGCAAUUAGAGGCUGGCUGUCAGAGAUGGCGGCCUCGCUUGCUUUCUCAAAAGAUAGCCAGCUUUGGGUGCUAGACAUGGGGCUUCUCAAGUUGAUGGCAGCUAUCUACGACAGCACACAGUUGCAGAACCUCUUAGACCACAUGAAGCAGACCGACUCUCCAGUCUUUCGCUGCAACGCGAUCCUCAUCCGUUUGCUAGAGAAGGAGGCCACGUUAGAGAAGCUGCGAGCUCACAAUGCUCUGGCAGGUUUCAGGCCCCACAAACGGAAGAUCAACAGUGCGGAUCCGCAAUACCGGCCGUGGAGCUACUUCGAAGCAAGACUCUCAGGACGGCCUAUCAAUAUGGACCAGAUGCGAGCAGAGGAUCCAAGCUGGAGACCUGCCUAUGAUGUCUGGGAGCUUAUGCACCAGCCGAGUCGGGGAAACUGGGCUCCGGCCGUCUGCUCAUGGAAGCUGUGCACGGCAGGCGCCGAGCCGGAAGGUGACGGGAAGAAGUACGGAAAGUGCGCUGGCUGUCAAGUUGCCCGCUACUGCAGCAAGGAGCACCAGAACCUGCACUGGCGAACCCACAAGAUCCACUGCCAGGCGGGACGGGCAGCAAUUGCGGGUCCGGAAGAGGAAAAACAAAAGGAACUGAGGGAUCCGACAAGCAAGGCGCGAUAG